AUGAAAACAUCAUCGGAUAGAGACGAUAUGGUUGUUCUUGACGAAUGCGGCGAAGGUGACGAAACAGUUGAGUCGGAGGACAAGUCAAAAGGGGAGACUAACGAAAGUGCAAAACUAGCUGGAGAGCAAGUUCAGAUCACGCUAGGCCCUAAAAAGAAGCAGAAGAUUUUCAGGCGAAAAGUAGUUCGUGUGCCGAAAGAGGUAUUUGAUUUCAUGGCAAGAACAGAAGAGGAUGGAACCGUCAGAUUUAAUGUGACUCAAUUAUCUGUCUUCUUCACGAAUGAGAUGUCCGAAAAGGCUGUGCCGGUCCUAGCAGAUACUUGGGACACAACAGACAUUGUUCCGAUCAUGGAUGUCAGCGUUCCACCGACAGCGAAGGCGAAUCCGGCUAUGAUUGUAGAUUAUUUUUCCAAUGAACCAAGUGAGCGUGAAAAGGAGGAAGAGAGGCUGCAAGAUAUUCUGGAGACUCGAAAGAGGAACGCAGAGAAACAAAAACAGCUGGAAGCCGCGAUUGCCUCGGGCGCCGUGGUAUUACCUGCGAAGAGCAAUGCAGAUAAAAAGGCUAAUAUAAAUACGAAGAAACCGCCUGUGAAGGCCGCUGAGCAAAUGGUGAAAACGGGCACUGACCGGGCCACCUCGUCGUCGGAUGUGAAAAAGGGCAUUGACUGGGCCAAGCCAUCGGAUAAGUACGUGGAAAAGAAAGUCCUGGCAAUACUCGAAAGGUAG